CCAGUCUCCCCUGGCAAUCUCCGUCUUGCAAACCCUAGCCGCUGCCAUGGCAUAUCUAGCUCCCGCGACCGCCGCCUCUUCUCUCCGCACCCCCAUCUACGUAGCCGCCUCUUCCCGGCGCCGUUCCUUUCUCCCCGCCGCCGUCAAAGCCAUCGCCAGUUCUGCACAUCCCAUCCUCUCCUCCCUCCGCAUGGCCGCCUCCGCCGCCGUUCUCUUCGCCGCCACUUCCCCGGCACUCGCGUGCACCCCCUCCGUUCCUCCGCCCCCGCUCACUCCUCUGACAGUCACGGUGUCCCACGACGACGCCAUCCCAGACGCCUCCCGACUCUUCGAGAAGCUGAUAAUCGAGACUGCCUGCCUCGCGCGCGUCGGCCGCGCGGACGAAGCGCGCUCGCGCCUGUCCACAGCCGGAUGUGGAGAGAGCUACGCCCGCCUCCUAGCCGCUCAGGUUCUGUUCGUGGACGGGAAGUUGGACGAGGCGAUCGCAGCAUUCGAGGAGCUUGCGCGGGAGGACCCCGCCGACUAUCGCCCUCUGUUCUGCCAGGGCGUGCUGUACCUCGCCCUUGGAAGGGAGGCGGAAUCAGAGUCCAUGCUCGAGCGAUGCCGCGAGGUCGGCGGCGACGCGCUAAUCAUAGAUCCGUCAGUGAUGAUAACGCCGAACGUGGAGACGGAAUUCGAUGGGGAGAAGCCGGAGCCGGCGAAGGUUUGACCUGUAACUCUGCAGCGGAUGAUCUCAUAAUAAGGUAACACUGGCAUUUUGGUAACCAUAGACGAAUAAGAAUGAGGGAAAUUUCAGAACAUGUUCCGGUGAUACUAAUUAGCUAGAGGAAAAUUUGACACGGAAAGUUCCUUAUUCUGUAGAAUGUGCCUUUGUGGUGAGUAAAGAUGUCCAUUUCAUAUGGCCUUUGUG